AGCAGAAUCCAUGCAACGAUAAUGGACGUCUCGUCGGUCUUCUUCUUCCUCCUGCGUCUCUUCGGUCAAGGCUGGGGUCUGGCCGCCGAUGGGGACCGCCGGAAGCACUGCCACGCCCUUCUGGCGCUGGUCUGGCUGUUCCUCCUCGUCCUGCUGUGGAGUCUGGAUUUCUUCCUCUACCUGACCUUUUUCCGGGAGCGCGUACAGGACAUGGACUUCAGUGCGCUGACCAUCGGUAUUCAGCGCUGCUACAUCGUCGCCGAGGCCAUCGCCAUGCUCCUCAUCGCCAAACUCAUCGGCAACCAGCCGCUGCGGUUACUGGACGACAUCCGCCGGCUGUGCUUCCUCCCGGUGGAGGACGCCAUCCCGGAUGCCGGAAAUGGACCGCGAAAGAAUAGUUUGCUGCGUCGUCAGCGUUAUACAUGGCAGUUUUGGGGCGGUGUCCUGAUUUUCUGGAGCAUCGCCGCGUCCCUCCUCCUGGGCGGUCUGCAGUGCUACUUCUUCAUUAACUUCCUGGCCAGCACCAUGAUGAAGGACAACUGGAAUUGGUACCGCGUUGUCGACGUGGGAUUGGUGACCCUCCCGGUGUAUGUCGGCACCGUCGUCUUCUUCCUGCUGGCGGCCGUCAAUACUAUCCUGGACAUGCUACUGCAGAUGUUGGGGGUCUGGUGCGCCCUGGCCAUCAGCGCCGCCUUCCGCCAAGUGUACAAGGACCUCAAGGCCCUGUCCAAAGCCAUCGACGCGCAUGCCCUCCCCGGGGAGGCGGCCGCCAUGGAGCGCGUAGAGGCGCUGAGCGCCCGGCACCUGGCGCUCAGCCAGCUGGUCAACCGCACUGACGCGGCAUUUUCCGGGGUCAACCUGCUGGUGUGUCUGCGGGAUUUUGUGGGGUUUGUCACCGGGUGCGCGGCGCUGCUGCGGGCCGAUGAGGACGUCACCGGCGUUAAUGCCCGGUUCGAUGCCAACGCCCGGGACAUCGCGUUGGGGGUGGAUUUUCUGGCGAGGACGACGUGCGGGGCGUAUCUGGCUGUGUCCAUGGUCAACUGUGUCCUGCGCAUGUCUGCUUUCAUCCGCUUAACGGAAACGGGUAAAUCGGCACUGCGCCCAUUAAGUCUAAUCUUUGAACAAGUGACCACGUUGGAGGCGAAGACCAGCAUGAUCCUGAUUCUGAACCGCAUCCGCGGCCACAGCCUGACGCUGACCGGCGGUGGCCUCUUCUCUCUUGAUCGGUCUUUCGUCGUCACUAUGUUCGGAAGCUUCUUCUCCUUUUUUAUCCUGGUGUACCAAAUGCAGGAUCAGAAGAAGGACAUCUACUCCGUCAUCACGCAGGACGAUGUCCACGGGCUGGCCGCCCAGGUGGCCAACAUCACGCGGCACAUUCUGACUAGUCCGGCCACGUGAACUCGCGCUGUUUCUGUUAAUUACCAGAAUUAUAUUUGUGGCUU